AUGUCAAACUUGGCACCAUGGUCUUCCUUCUUGCCUCACACCACAAAUACUAUGGAAAGACCUAGCAUUUCAUCCUGGUCAGGAAGAGACAAAAGAAAAGGCAUCUAUCAUGUCAAGCCAACAGAGGUCACUAAGAUGUCAGAUUUGAAACCAAUUCACUGGGAACCUACAAAGCAGAAGAUGGGAUGGAGGGCAUCCAGGGAAAGUAAACAGUCAGACAUAGCACACAUCAUGGAGAGGCUCGAACGGAAGCAAGGGAAGACCUUGGCUGUUGCCCACAAGAAAGAUAACUACCAAUCCUUCCUGAGGAAUGCCCUGAGACAAAUGAAAAGACCCUCAGAAGAGUCUUCUACCCAAGAUCCUGAUGUUCCCAAGGUCUUUAGCAGCUAUUUCACCACUUUGAAGGAUGCGAACAAGAAGUUAAUGGGAGACUUAGAUGGACCAGAAGUUGUAAUGUCAGCAACCCCACGGAUGAGUAUACCACGUAGAAGCAGCAUGGAUCCUAAUAGCAACCAGUUUAUGCAGGACACCUUUUCUUCUUCCCGUAAGGGGGUUACUCCAAAGGUGACAGACCCCUCAUCUAGCUUCCAGGGGUAUGAUCGGAAGAUGAAGAGUCCAAGUGUAAAGCCAGAGGCAACCUCCACACUGUUGAAGCCCCAGGAAGUCCUGAGUUGUAGGUACCUGCGCCUCUCCAAGAACAAUGUCCAGACUUUGCUCAAGCUGUGUAGAGAAUCAGGAAUGGAUAUAGAUAUUCAUCCUCACAUGAAUGAAUCUGAAAUGAACGCCAACAGGAUAUUCAACCGAAAACCUAGCAUAGCCCUCUAA